AUGCUAACUCCGCCCUUAAAGUUGGAAGUAUAUUAGCCCUUUAAAUUCGAACAGUUUUUUAUUGGAAAACUUUAUAUUAUUUUAUAAAAUUUGUUUGAUCCAAUUUAAUGAGAAAAUCGCAAGUAAAAUAUUAUUUAAACAAAUCGAUCAAUUUUUGGCUUAACCCUUCAUAAAAGAAAUUAAACCCAAAAAUAUUUCUAUUAAUUUAUAAUUCUUUUAAAAUGUUUUAAAGAAAAUUGAAUAUAAAAAAAAUCAUCCCCCUUUAAAUUGGAACAGAAUUUUUUUGUUCCAAAUUAAAGGGAGUAAGAAUGUGGUUUAUUUUACUUCGAAGACUUUUUUUAAAGCUCUUUUUAGUCGCAUUGCUCCUAAACCUUUCGCUUUCUCUAGAAAUUAUUUUAAUCCAAAGUAAUGAAAAUUUCAAAGGCAAUUUGUGAAAUGAAGAGACUUUGAUUAAUUAUUUAGUAGAUGCCAGUCCUCAAAUAGACUGACAUAUUUGCCCAUACAUUUCAGCAGCUAAAUGUAUAGAAUUUUAUCAAGACUCCUACAUUUUAAUUGAUCUAUCGCAAGACCUAACCACCCAAGCUGAAAUAUCUGAGCUUUGUAGGGAAUAUAAAAAAGUUCAUCUAGUAGCUCAAGACGAGUUUAAAUACCACAAUGACUUGACUUUUUCUGUCAUUUCGUCUAAAAAAGCCAAAUUUAGUGCAUUUUUUACUUUACUGAACUUUUAUAACUGAAGUAAAGGGACAAUUUUUACAAAUUGGUACAACCAGGAAAUGUUUUUGAAUUUCACCGAAAGCUUUAAUUUAUUAACAAUUGAAUCAAUGAUUGAUAUGGAAAAUUUAAUCAUGAGAGUUGUGCCACCGUUAGGAUCAACUCUUUAUUAUAUUUUUACUCAGAAUAAUGAAUCGAUUUCUAUACAAACUUAUUUAAUAGAGGCAAAUCUAUUAACAGAAGGGAAUGGAAUUAUUUUAAAUCAGAAAAGCGGCUACAGGUGUAAAAUAGAAGGAGCCUUGAUAGUAACUGAUAUGGGUAACGAGUACGCUGACUCUGAAGAAAAAUACCUGGGCUCUUCUAUUUUAACUUUUCUCAAGGAAAUCGAAAACUCUGAAAAUUUUCUCGAUGUGGUAAAUAUAUUAGAAAAAGAACAUAAUUCUCAUUAUGGGCAAAAUAAAUUUUCUAUUAUCAAUAUACAAGGUGGGGAAAGGGUUAUAAUUGGAUCGAUUAUUGAAGGAGUGGCUUUUAUGCCAAAUAACCCAAUUUUCCCAGGAAAUACUACGUCUAUUCCAAAAUCACACAAAAAAAUCCUAGAUAUCAGCAUUGAAGCAGGAUCUACAAACCCGAAUUAUUCACCCUCAACUGUCGGCCCUCUUGCAGCUAGAGGUUCAUAUUUAGCUGUCAGCUAUAUAAAUGCGGGUACCUCACUCCCCAAGUAAUAAGCAAAUUCUUAUAUAUUCGUUGGGGUUUUUUGCAAAAAUUUUUAAUUAGUAAAUUUUAUAUGAUCAGAUCGUAGUGAAGAUGCAAAUUUUGGGCAUUUACCUUAAAAAAAAUUAAUUAAUAUUUACUAUUUUGUGCAAAACUCCUCCAAGAAUAAGCAAGAAUUUCCUUAUUAUUGGGAGGAGCUAGGAAUAUUAUCAAAUUUUCAAAUUAAUAUGUUUAAUUAUGACUGUGGUGCUAGUGUUUAUAAUGCAACAUUUUCCAAAGCUUGUUUUCAAAAGGAUUUUGAUAGUUUUGGCUUAGCUCACAUAGUAUCAUAUGCAUCCUCAAUGGCUCUCGGCACUGUAAAACUAUUCAAGUCACUAAACUGGCAUUUUAUAUAUAUAAAUGGCGCUGAAAAACCACUGGCCUCCUUGCCGAUUUUUUCAGCGGCCAAACAUGAAGGAAAAGGGCGAAAGAGGACGUAAAACCCUUAUGUAUAUCGUGCUAUCUUUUUGCUAAGGCGUCAGGGAGCUAAUCCCUAGGACUUGUGUGUUUUGCCUCUUGGAACACCAUUGGAAAGGACAAGUCCUGCAAAGCUCAGAGUGGAUGAUAAGCCCCUUGAAUAGGCUUGGAGGUACAUUUGUCCAACGAGAACUAGGAGUUUCGACCCGAGUCACGGAGUCAUAGACUCUGAGUGCCAUGGAAGUUAAUAUCGGUACCCACGAAUCCCUUGCCUGCUGCAGCGAGGGUGUCUGCCAAGAUCCCUCUGUAAUGAUGAGCAUGCAAGGGUGGAAAUCUCCUGCCAAUAGGGUCUUUAUCUAAUUUAAAUUGGAAUUUUCCUCUUUUAGGUAUUAAUUCAGAUCCUUCAUUUAAUUCCUCCACAUUAUAUCCAUGGUAUCAAAGGGUUUGGCCUUCAUCAUCAUUUACACUUCCCUUGAUCCCUGUCUUAUUACGAUCUCUUGGCUGACAAAAAGCAGCAAUUCUAUACCAAAACGACAGCUGAGGCCAAAAUGGCUACUAUUUUUUAAACCUAGGCGCAAAUACCCAUAAUUUGAUUUUAGUGAAUCCUGACAAUACCAGAGCAAUUCCUAUAGGACUUGACAGAAAUACCAUAAAAAAUCAUUCAGAUAUCCUACAAGGCGUAAUAGACUCAAAUGCAAGGCUUGUUAUUCUUCUAGUCCAAGUCCCAUUAGUACAGUAUGUAAUAGAAGCUUUUUAUGAUUUAGGCCUAAGGAGAGGCGAUAUACUUAUCUUUGUUUCUGUCCCCGAUAUUCUGUCCAAUAUUUUGACGACUGAUGACUACCUUUAUAAAAGGCUGGAAAUCGGAGUCCCUAUGAUGACUUUUUUUGGGCAGCAAUGAGUCGGAAAACUUGGCGAGGGCGCAUAUUCAAAAAUUUUGCAAUUAUAUAAUAACACUGCGCCCAGUUCUUUUGCGUGCCAUUAUUUUGAUAUAAUUUAUUUAAUAGGCCAUGCUCUUGAUUUUAUGAUUAACCGUGGGCAAGAUUAUACAAAUCCUUAUAAACUGGAAAGUGUAAUAAGAAACACACAGUUUAUAGGCUGUUCUGGAAGCGUGAUUAUAGAAAAAGGCAGCAAUGACAGAUUUGUGUCAGUUUUAAGCGUCCAAGCAGAUAAAUUUGAUAUAAAUGGAAAUGUUGUCAAGUAUUUUAUAGGAGAAUUAAAGCCUUAUAGCACUCAGAUGUUACAAAUCUCUACCCCACUUAUUUAUCCUGAUGGGACUACCAUAAAACCUGCAGAUUUACGAAACCAAAACACUGACUGCCCUUUUCCUGAUAGCGAGAUAAAAACCUUUGUGAAAGGAAAAAUUUUGGUCUUUUGCAUUUGUUUUGCUAUUACUCUUAUAUCAAUUAUAAUUACUUUUAUUAUAUGAAAAAGGUGAUGGAAAUUUUCAAUUGAGGAGCUCAAAGAAAAACAAGAAAUUUCUUUCCAAGACGCCGUAGUCGCUGCGACGAUCGCUAUCGAAUUUUUCCAAUUUGCUUCGAUGGGGCCUAAUAUGUCAUAUUUAAGCUCGGCUUUAGGAAAUUUCAGCAACUCUUUAACUUUGGAAAUGACAAAUAUCAUAAAACUCAGGAACGGGAUGUUUUGGAUCAUUGUUGAUGCAGUUUAUGGAUUGAUAGUUCUAUGACUUUCUAUGUGUGGAGUAAUUCUUCUUCGCUUGGAUGAAAAAUAUUUGCAUUUUACGCUGUUCAGGUUUAUAGCUUGGCUUGCUGACUAUAUGAUGCCGAUUUUAGGAAAUUUGUGCUUCAUUCCGUUUAUUUCGAUUUGUCUUGAUAUUUUUGUAUGUGAUCAAUCUAUUGGAGAUAAUUUCACUGAUAGUUUUUUAUCGUAUGACUGCUAUUAUUUUUGCUGAAAAGGAGAACAUUUAGCAUAUGCAAUUUUGUCAUUUUUCGCUUUAUUGUGCUAUGAGCCACUUGCAGUGUUCUGCAGGCCUCUUUGGCAGGAGUUCCAAUCUUUACUACAUGUAAAAGCAGCCCCUCUGUUUUUGAUGGUAAAAACAAUUAUUCAGGUGGCUUUAAUAGUGAUGAAUAAGACAGUAAAAAGAGCCCAAGAUAUACUGUCUCAUAAUAAAUAUAUAUUAUAAAGUUGGCUUUUGAUAAAUAUUUUUUGGCUAUAUUUGUACAAAAAUUUAAGGCUUGCCAAAUUUAGCUAAAAUCUACGCUUUAUCUUAUUUUGUCAAAUAGAAUUCAUUGGAGUGUAUUACUCAUGGAGCUUUAUUUGUUUUGGUAAUGAUCAUUUAUAUUGCUUUUCUAUUUAAGUUCAAGCCUUAUAACUAUUCAAGAUUCAAUUUAUGACAAAACUUAAGCUUAAUCGGAGUGGUGUGACUAGCAAUAUUGUCAACAAUCGCACUAGGCGCUAAUAUCCAUCUUUGAGCGAGCUAAAUAUUUUGUUAUGGAAGUUUUAAUAUAUGAUUUUUUAGAAAAAUUAAAUAAUUUGUAGCAUUUAUGUUUUAGAAUGCAACUGCUUAAAUUCAUAAAUAAUAAAUCACUAAUAUAUAAAAAUAAUUUUGUUUAAAAAACAAAUUUUUUGGCCAUAGGGAAGCAGGAAAGAGUAAGGGAAACUCUGCAAUAUUAACAGUAUUAUUAUGUGCUGGAUGGGCCAUGAUUGGAAUAUCCGGGCUUUAUAUUCAAAAGAAGAAAUGCCCAAGCUUACUUUUCAGAAAGAAAGGCAAUGACACAACAAAUCUAUUUAAAUUUGCCUUUACCUUUGGAAGAAGUUCACGCAAAGCUUUGACUAGAAUAGCGCCUUCAAGUGCCUCAUCAGAGCUUCAGCACAAUAAAUAA